AUGAUUGCGAUGAAUACGUUUGUGUUGGCUCUGGACGGGGACAUCAACUUCCGUCCGCAUGCCUUGCAUUUGGUGGUCGACCUGAUGAAGAAGAACAAGAAGUUGGGCGCCGCCUGCGGACGCAUUCACCCGAUUGGCGGCGGACCUAUGGUCUGGUAUCAGAAGUUUGAGUACGCGGUCGGCCAUUGGCUGCAGAAGGCGACGGAACACGUGUUCGGAUGUGUUCUCUGCAGUCCCGGCUGUUUUUCACUCUUCAGGGCCAGAGCUGUGAUGGACGACAGCGUUAUGAAUAAGUAUACGACCAAACCGUCCGAAGCCUUGCAUUACGUGCAGUACGAUCAGGGAGAGGACCGGUGGCUCUGCACUCUUAUGUUACAACAGGGAUGGCGUAUUGAAUACUGUGCCGCCUCUGACUCCUACACUCACGCACCGGAAGGUUUUGGCGAAUUCUAUACACAGAGGCGUCGGUGGGCGCCCUCAACGAUGGCUAAUAUAAUGGAUUUG